AGAGCUGAGAGGCCUAUCCCUCUAUUUGCUCUCUCCUUUUUUGGUGCAGAUCUUGAAAUUGAACUACAUUGUCAUAGAAAAUCUGCACCACGAAAUGGAAUCCACCAUGUUACCCUCCAUUGGAUCUAUUGCCUCUCGUGGUGCUGCUUGUACUGUCUUGCUCAUGAUACUGCUCUCUUGCUACACAUUCAAUUCUACAGAAGCCUAUGAUGCGCUUGAUCCAACUGGCAACAUAACAAUCAAAUGGGAUGUCAUUAGCUGGACUCCGGAUGGCUACGUUGCUGUUGUUACAAUGUACAACUUUCAACAAUAUCGCCAUAUUCAGGCCCCUGGGUGGUCAUUAGGGUGGACAUGGGCUAAAAAAGAAGUAAUUUGGAACAUGAUGGGAGGCCAAACCACAGAGCAGGGGGACUGUUCAAAGUUCAAAGCUGGAAUUCCACAUUGUUGUAAGAAGGACCCAACAGUGGUGGAUUUACUGCCAGGAACUCCUUACAACCAGCAGAUUGCAAACUGUUGCAAAGCGGGAGUCUUGAAUUCUUGGGCUCAGGACCCCAGCACAGCUGUAAGUUCUUUUCAGAUUAGUGUUGGUUCUGCUGGAACAACCAACAGAACAGUAAAACUGCCUAAAAAUUUUACCCUCAAAGCACCAGGACCUGGUUAUACUUGUGGUCCAGCAAAAAUUGUGAAACCAACAACAUUUAUUACCAAUGACAAGAGGAGAAUCACCCAAGCCAUGAUGACCUGGAAUAUAACCUGCACUUAUUCUCAGUUCCUGGCUCAAAAGACACCAAGUUGUUGUGUUUCCCUCUCAUCCUUUUACAAUGAAACUAUAGUAAACUGCCCCACCUGCACCUGUGGCUGCCAAAACAGAACAGAACCUGGCAGCUGUGUAAAUCCAGACUCCCCACAUUUAGCUUCAGUUGUAUCAUCAUCCGGCAAAGCGAUAAACACGCCUCUAGUUCAAUGUACCAGUCAUAUGUGUCCUAUUCGCGUGCAUUGGCACGUGAAGGUCAAUUACAAAGAGUACUGGAGGAUCAAGAUCACAAUCACAAAUUUCAAUUAUAGAAUGAACUACUCGCAAUGGAACCUUGUUGUGCAGCAUCCCAAUUUUGAUAAUCUUACCCAGCUCUUCAGCUUUCAGUACAAACCACUAACACCUUAUGAAGGCUUGAAUGAUACAGGUAUGCUGUGGGGGGUCAAGUUCUACAAUGAUUUUCUUUCUUCAGCUGGUCCCCUUGGUAAUGUUCAGUCAGAACUCUUAUUUAGAAAAGACAAAUCAACCUUCACAUUUGAUAAGGGAUGGGCCUUCCCCAGAAGGAUUUAUUUCAAUGGAGAUAACUGUGUUAUGCCUCCUCCAGAUGCCUAUCCUUGGCUUCCAAAUGCAAGUUCAAAACUAGUUUUCUCUUUAUUAAGUACAGUCAUAGCUAUUUCAACUUCUUUGUUAAUCUAUUGAAUCAAUCAUAGAGAAUGUAGAGAUGCCAUCUACUCUUUGUGAGUAUUAUGCACUUUUCUUCUGCCCCAGUAUGUUAAAGCUGAAGUCAACCCCAUAUCAAGGAUGCAUAGGAGCUGCUAUUAAAGCAACAAAAAGUGAUGCAAAAGCAUAAAUGACUGCCACAAGAAUUGUGUGCUUUAUGCACCUUAGGGAUUGAAUUGU